UUUCUCUGUCAUCCACUCGCAUCCUGCCCGCCCCGCAGCCGCCGUUAGCCCGCUAGUAACGGAGUAGCGAGCAAGUCCGCUUUCUGCUCAAUUUAAUUAUUUUUUUAUACGGAAAAAAAGACCCUAGAAAUAUAACAUUUCUUUUAAAGCUCGUUGGUGGAAUGGACAUUAUUCUCCUGCCACCGUAAUCUUCCUGAAAGACAGUCUGCUCUCCGCCUCGUCGAGCGGGUGUAGCGAGUUGGAGACUCAUCUGUCUCCGCCGCUGCUGCUGCUGCUGCUGCUGCUGCUGCUGGACCACCGGGACAAAGACAGUCCGAUGUUCAACAAUAGAAAACCCAGUGGGAACUCUAAUGAUUUUACGUCGAGUUUUGAACCUGAAUUAUCCAGUUGAUCAGCGUUUGUGAGCGGGAGGACCCGAGCAGGGAGAGUGUGGAUCUCUGGACCGGAGGAGGAGGAGGAGGAGACCGCAGAGGAGGAACCGACAUCCCGAUGCCAGUGAUGGCCAACGAGCCGAUCAUCCUCAACGUUUAUGACAUGUACUGGAUCAAUGAAUUCACCAGCUCUCUGGGCAUUGGAGUCUUUCACUCAGGGAUCGAGAUCUAUGGAAGAGAGUUUGCCUACGGCGGACAUCCGUACCCAUUCUCAGGGAUCUUUGAGAUCACACCAGGUGAUGCAACUGAACUUGGCGAGACAUUUAAGUUCAAAGAGGCCAUAGUCCUGGGCAGCACAGACUUCACAGAGGAAGAUGUGGAGCGGAUCGUGGAGGAGAUGGGGAAAGAGUACAAAGGCAACGCUUACCACCUCAUGCACAAAAACUGCAACCACUUCUCUUCAGCGCUGUCGGAGAUCCUGUGUGGCAGGGAGAUCCCUCGUUGGGUAAACCGCCUGGCCUACUUCAGCUCCUGCGUGCCAUUCCUCCAGAGCUGCCUGCCCAAAGAGUGGCUGACCCCGGCUGCCUUACAGUCCAGCGUGAGCCAGGAGCUGCACGGAGCAGGCGGAGACCUGGAGGAGGCGGAGGACGCGGCCGCCACCGCCUCCCUGGCUUCCAUGUCGCCCUCCUCCAGCCCCUCCUCUUCCUUGCCUCGUCACAGUCGCAUCCAGCCCCGCCGGUAGAGACUGCAAGCUCUGCUGGGCAUCCUUGGGGCCGGACUUGUGGUUACAGAGACGGCCAUGUAACAGAAGCCAAAAAUCCUGGCAGACUGUCCUCGAGUGAGGCACUGAACCGCAAUCUGCCCUGGGUAAGAAUGUCAGCUAAAUCUCUGCUGCAGUUCAGAGCAGUGGAAGACUUGGACUAGGAAGGCUGUGGGAAGGAGCUCCUGCUUUCUAAUGCAGCCAGGAAACAAACUGAUCCACUCACAUCUUAAUCAAAAUACAUCUUCUUGACUAUUUUACUGGCCACAUCCAGAUGUUACCAGUGCUCUAAAACCAGAUGUUGCUGCAGUGUGAGAAAGUUGACUACUAGGAACCCAUGUCCACUGAUUUGGCAGAUUUUAUAUGGUAAGAUUGUUUUUAACACUCCAAAAUACUCAGCUGACAACUGUAACUGGAAACUUAGCACUCAUCACUUAUGUUCCUGUUGUUUGAUGGUGAAUAACUCAACUUUCAUCAGUUAGUUCAAGCCAAUUUGUGAAAGUGAACAGCUUUAGAGAGCUGCCAUAUAACCCAGCAUGUUAUGAAGAUGUCGAGGCUUGCGUCAGAACUGAACGACCUAUAAAAAAGGCUGUAUAUAUUUUUUAUUUGUACAGAUAUUUAAAAACAGGCAGUUAAAGAUUGGAAAGGUAAAGUUUAUAUACUUACUCUUUUAGUCUUGUCUGGUGUGAUAUUCAGUGGUCUCCAGACUAAAACUAAAAUGGUAUAUAGAUGACCACAAACUGAGCACUGGUAUCAUCUGAUCUGUGGCUGGUAAAUGUUUCCUUAGCUGCAUUUGAAAUGUUUAAAAACCUUUGGCUGCUAAAAUCCCGAAAGCAGCCUCAGUAUCUGGAUCAGGAUGUCAGAUCUGUUAUUAGAUGUCAGACCGGUAGCAGCUCCUCAAGUCUUUUAUUCAAUGUUUCUUAUUUAACAGUGAAGUUGUGAGGUUGGCACUGAGUUAGAGUUUUGAUACUUCCUCUCAGUAACAGCUGCCAUGGUGCCUUUGAGGAAGGUACUUUCUUCUCUGCCAGUGAAAGGUUAUGGUUGAACUGGAGAGCUGAACGUAGUUUAUGUGUAUAAAGCAAAUAAAGAGUAAUUAGAGUUUUUAGUUGUGUUGACAUCAGUGAGAAGCUCCUCUUUAACUGACCUGAGCUCAGCCUGCACUCCUCACACCCAGUCGAGUUUAGUUCAGGAUGAUGCACUUCAGUGCUGCUAGGAAGCAUCACAGAUACUUUGAAGUUUAGUAACAUUAUAUUUUUGUUGAUAUAAUGAUGCGAAAACUUACUGAAGUUCUUAUCAAUACAGUUUUACACUUUACAGGAAGAUGCUGCUUUUCCUGAACAAUGAUCACCUCACUUGAAACUGCUGUUACAUGCUGUCAACAACACGUAUGCUGCAGAAUGUGUUUCUUUCCAAAUAAGAGCCACUGAUGUCAUUUUCCUGUUUUAUUACUCUUAUUACUGUUAUUAUUAACAUGGAAGUUUGAGGACAGUCAAAUCUGACAAAUCACAUUUCUGUUUUUUUAAUCCUUAUUGUGUUUCUAUGAUAUAAAAACGUGGGCCUUUUUUGUCUGUUUUGUUUAUGUUUGAUAAGCUCAGGACUCAAAAAGGAUUUGUCAUCAAAUCCUUUAAACUUUCUAGCCCAGAUUUUGUGUCUUUGUUGCUUUUUAUAAUGCAGUAAUCACUCCAUAGAGUUUUUCAGCAACACAUUACAGUUUUAUACUCCUCUUUGAUUAAAAACAAAAAAAUCCUUUUAUUUACAAACUGUGUUUGCGAGCCUGUCCUUGUCUGCAUGAAUGUUUGAGUGUGUUCCUGCCGUCGGCAAGUUCCCGACUGGGCCAAACUUCACAUGGAAAUUCUCUGCGUAAACGAUUAAAAACAAAAACAAAUGCAGCUUUAUAAAUGUAGCACUGUUUUUGAGAAAUCUUUUAAAAGUAUCACUUAAUUUCUAAGAGUGUAAAUUUGUUCUUCUUUGCAGUAACUUUUUUUUGGUGUACCGUCACCUACAGAUAUUCUUUUCAUGUUUUUUCUUUGUUUGUUUUUUCAAUCAAUGAGACUGACGCAGUGUUACAGGAAAUCUCUAAAUCAAAGCCAUUUUUCAUGAAACCAGCAUUUGACUUGGAAUAAAAGGAUUAAACUCAAUGUGUUAUCAGCUAAAGGUCAAAUGUGUGAGUUUUAUGGUUCAAUAAAUAACCUUAUUUUAAUUCUUUGACAGGCACACAAAUGGUUGUGACUGCAGCGCUCUCUGCUGGCUGUUUUUUGUACUCUUACUGAGGUUUCCUGAAACCUUCCGAGCUUCGAGUAGUUUUACAAUCGUUGCUUUUGGCUGACAAAUGCACAAUGUCUCAUCAAACCCGUACUGUCUCAGUUAAUGUUUAAAUACCAAGUGACAAAGCUUUUGUUUUACAUUCAUAUGACCAUAGUUAAAGCAUUUAAAGGACCAAAGAUAGUUAUAACUUUCACAAUCUUCCUUUUUCUGGCAGCAACAUUUGAUUUACCAUAAAUGUGUUCUUUAGUAAGACUAGUAAUUAUCUGAUCAAAAUCAUAGUUUGUGUGAGACAUUUGCCACUAUCUGUGAGCUAUGAAUGCAAAUCAGGAAACCUCAGUCUUUCGGACCUCAAGAAUGACUGACUUCAGCUGUUUCACAAUAAACUUUAAGAA